GUGAUACAAUGCGUGUCGUGUUCACUUGACCACUAUUAGACUUUAAUAGGUUUAAAAUGAUUUUCUUAAUAUUUGCUAUAUUAAUGAGCAGUGUGGAAGCGUAUAAUGUAUUAAUAAUAUAUAGUUUACCUAUAAGAAGUAUUGCUCUUUUGGGAGAAGGACAUAUAAGGAGUCUUAUAGCCGCUGGUCAUGAGGUUACUUUCAUAACUUGUUAUCCAUUAAAGGAUCAUGGUUACGGAAACAAACUUCGACAAAUUGACGUUAGCAAUAACAUGUAUUCAUUACCAGAUGAUGGAAUUAUGGAUAUUGGCGCGAUUAUGACCUCCGGAGUACCGCUUAAUGAUGUUCCAAGUCUUCAAGAAACUAGUAUCCUAAAUGCUAUUUCCACUUUUGAGAAUGAGGAUGUGAAAAAGUUGUUGAACGAUCCUAAUGAACGCUUCGACGUGGUCAUAUCGGAUUUGUACGAAACGGAACUUUUUGCAGCCUUUGCAGUAGUAUAUAAUUGUCCAAUGAUAUGGAGUUACUCCAUGGGCGCUCAGUCGUCAGUACUGCGAUUGAUUGAUGAACCAACGAACCCUGCAUAUACUGUCGACUACUUAUCAUUCAAUAUGCCGCCUCUUACCUUCUCACAAAGGAUUCAAGAAUUGUGGUUGCAACUAGAAUGGACUGUACUGAAACGAUUUUCGUUACAACCAAAAGAGGAGGCAGUGUAUGAGAAAUAUUUCGGUCCGGUGUUAGAGAAACGUGGUAGAAAAUUGCCUAAUUACGUGGAAAUAAUGUACAAUGCCUCCUUAAUAUUUGGUAAUGAACAUCACGCAGUUGGAAAUUUGCCGAGAACCCCGCAGAAUUUCAAGUUUAUUGGCGGCGCUCAUAUUGAUUCAACAGUGAAACCGCUUCCUACUGAUCUGCAAAAGUUAAUGGAUAAUUCAAAACAUGGUGUCAUUUACUUCAGCAUGGGCUCCACAUGGCAAAGCAAGGAUAUCCCAAAACAUGUAACUGAAGGUCUUCUCAAAGUCUUCGGGGAACUAAAGCAAACUGUUAUAUGGAAAUACGAGGAAGAUCUGCCGAAUUUACCUAAAAAUGUGCAUACAUUGAAGUGGGCACCUCAACAUAGUAUACUGGCACAUCCAAACUGUUUGUUCUUCAUAUCUCACGGUGGAUUGCUGUCAUCAACUGAAGCUAUACAUUUUGGUGUGCCAACAAUAGGCAUACCAAUAUACUUUGAUCAGUUUCUGAACGUGAACAGAGCCGUUUCAAAAGGUUAUGCCAUCCAUGUACCGUUGACGACCAAUUUACCAAACGAUCUGAAACCGGCCAUUCAAACCAUGCUGACCGAUUCGAAGUACAGAAAAAAGAUAUGGGAUCUCAGCCAGAUAUAUCAUGAUCGACCAGUAUCACCUAGCGCAGAGGUGGUUCAUUGGGUUGAACAUGUGAUACGCACAGGUGGCGCACCUCAUCUCCGCUCCCCCGCCCUUCAUGUGCCAUUCUAUCAAAAAUACUUUCUAGAUUUGGUUGCUGUUUUAACUGUGUCUAUUUCUUUAGUAAUAUUGUUAGUUAAAACGAUAUGUUGUAAGUCAUCUAAGACGAUACAGAGAAAAGAUAGUAGGAAAGUAAAGAAGAAGUAAAUGUUUUCU